UGUAUCACCUUACAUAUAUUCAACCCACAAUUGCAAAUUAAUAUGACAAUAUUCUCAACCAUUAUCUCUUGUUUGCUUCUUUUGCCUUUUGUUUUCCAGAUUGCCAAUGCCGCAGUCUUUGACAUUCAAAACAAUUGUCCAUACACCGUUUGGGCUGGUGCUGUGCCUGGAGGGGGACGGCAGCUUAAUUCGGGCCAGUCUUGGUCUUUAAACGUCCCAGCUGGCACCCAAGGAGGCCGUAUAUGGCCACGAACCAAUUGCAACUUUGAUGGUUCUGGUCAAGGACGGUGUGAAACCGGUGACUGCAAUGGUCUCCUCGAGUGUCAAAACUAUGGUACACCACCUAACACCCUAGCCGAGUUUGCCUUGAAUCAGUUCAAUGAUCUUGAUUUCAUUGACAUAUCUCUUGUCGACGGAUUCAACUUGGCAUUGGAAUUUAGUCCCACUUCUAGUGGGUGCACUCGGGGCAUAGUGUGUAGUGCAGACAUCAACGGGCAGUGCCCUAACGAGUUACGGGCUCCUGGUGGGUGCAAUAACCCCUGUACCGUGUUCAAGACCGAUGAAUAUUGUUGCACCUCUGGAACUUGCAGCCCAACUAAUUAUUCAAUGUUUUUCAAAGAGCGGUGUCCCGAUGCUUAUAGCUAUCCUAAGGAUGAUGCCACCAGUACAUUUACCUGCCCCGGAGGAACCAACUAUAAAGUCGUCUUUUGCCCUUAAUCAAUCCAUCAUCCGGCCGACCACUUUCUUAAUUAAGAAUAUAUAUAUAUAUAAUAUAGUUGCUCUUAAUAUAUGUACAAGUGUAUAACAAUAACAAAUGUAUACUGUAUAGGAUAAGAUGAUAUUCUAAUGCAGGGUACGUUCACGAUCUUCGGUAUGAAUGUUACAAAGUUAUAUCAUCAUGUAAAAGGUAUUAUCAUUUUCAAUCUUAUUAAUCUCAGAAUUAUUGGACUA